AUGUACACCAAAACGAGCAACUUUGAUGUGUUUGUUUUUUUGACCGUAAGCUUAUAUUUAUCUAUCACAGAAGCGGGCACUGAUACUUGCUUAGGAUACGCGUCUAUAGAUGUGCUAAGCUGUACAUGCUCCACUCUCCCGCAGGUACUUCUCCACCAUGGUCUAUUCCCAACUGCACCUUCACAGCCUCGAAUGGCUGUAUCUGUUGAUUUACUUUCAUUCUACCGUGCACUGUUUGAACGCUCAUGCGACGCGAUUAACGCUCUCGCAUCAGCGCUGAAAAAUCAUUACUCUCGUCGGGGCUUCCAGGUGACCGACGCACAGUGGUUCGACAUCCUGCAAAUUCAAGUCGAACGACAACUUGAGAUGCUUCUCCAACAAAGUCGCGAUCACAUAACGAAAUUCCAGGCCUCCUUGCACGGCACCAAUUUCCCUCCACCAGGUCGAUGCGUGCCACUUCUGGUCCAACGAUGUCCCGCCUGCUUUGGGGGCGUACUGCAUGGCAGGCCCACAGAUGAAGGAGGCGAUGUACACGUUGCAACAGACGGGAAUUUCCACCACCGUCAUCGCUGCGCUGCUGGUGAUUGUCCUCCAUUCUAUGACCCUACCUACUUUAUCCCGAAAAACUUUGUUGAUGAAAUUGGUCGCCAUAUAGACACCCAACGUAAGCACCCCCCAAAGGCACAUACCCCCAUUGUCCCUGAUGAAGCUGUCGACCAAUGCGAGACUGCUUACGAGGCUGCUGACGGCAAAAAACAGAAAACUGCAAUGGAUAAUUUUGAUGACACCGGGAUCAUGGCGCUGAUCUGUCGUCAUGACAUCCCACUUUUCUUUGCUAACAUUGAUUCGCCUGGAGAACAACAAAAAUAUUCUGUAGCCCUUCUUCAGCAUUUGUUUUCACUUCUCCCACCGGAGGCUACCGUUGUUGCCCUGUAUGAUGUUGGGUGUGUUCUGGCCAGAUCACUCGCAAAGUAUAAUAUUCUUCCUGAGACCGUAACCAAACGACUUCGUCUCGCAACCACAGCAAUGCAUGCGUAUGGCCAUGAGUGGGCUUGCCAGCUCAUCUAUAAUCCGCGAAUGUGCCUUGGCCUUGGGUUGUCCGAUGGGGAAGGGACCGAACGACUUUGGUCACGCUUUGUCCGGCUGAUCGGUGUUGAGAGGACUUCUUCUGUGUCAGCAGCCAUAGGAUCCGAGAUGCAAACAGAUCUCGGUGACUGGAUUAAGCGCCGCCUUAGACGAGGAAUCAAAGAGCAAGGUUCAGCAGCGCAAGCUAUGCUAGAACGAUGUGGAAUUCCCAUCGCUGAAUUGAAGUCUGAGUGGUCCCACCAACGUCAAUCGCAAUUAUCUAUUCGUGCUCGUAAGUAA